UAAAAUGGCUGCAGUAAUAGACUUAUGGACUCAGGAGCACUUCAACUGUCCGAUAUGCCUGGAUCUGCUGAAGGAUCCUGUCACUCUUCCCUGUGGACACAGUUUCUGUAUGGACUGCACUACAGGCUGCUUGAAUCAGGAAGAUCAGAAGAGAGUCUACAGCUGCCCACAGUGCCGACAGACCUUCACUUCGAGGCCUAUUCUAGGAAGAAACACAAUGCUGGCUGAAGUGGUGGACAAACUGAGGAUCAUGGGACUCCAGGCUGCUCCUCCUGCUCACUGUUAUGCUGGACCUGGAGAUGUGGAGUGUGAUGUUUGCACUGGGCGAAAACGAAAGUCUGUCAAGUCCUGUCUGGUCUGUCUGUCCUCUUACUGUGAAACUCACCUCAGAGUUCAUAAUGAUCUCAACCCAGGGAAGAAACACAAAGUAAUUGAUGCCACUGGAAACCUACAGGAUCUGAUCUGCUCUCAACAUGAUAAAUUAUUGGAGGUCUAUUGUCGUACUGACCAAAAAUGUAUAUGUGUGCUGUGUGCUAUGGAUGAACACAAACAACAUGAUACAGUUGCAGCCACUACACAGAGGACAGUGAAACAGAGACAGUUACAGGAAUUGAUGUUGAAAGUCCAGUGGCAAAUACAAGAGAAAGUGAAAGAACUCAAGGAGCUUCGACAGGAUGUGAAAAAUCUGAAGAUCUCUGCUCAGGCAGUAGUGGUGGAGAGUGAGAGGAUCUUCACUGAAAUGAUCCGCUCUGUUGAGAGAAGACACUUUGAGGUGAUAGAGCUGAUCAGAGAUCAGGAGAGGGCUGAGGCAAGUCGAGUUGAAGAACUCAUGGGGAAACUGGAGCAAGAGAUUGCUGAGCUGAAGAAGAGUGAGACGGACUUGGAGCAGCUUUCACAUACUGAGGACCAUAUCCUUUUUCUACUGGGCUUUCCAUCUCUUUCUCCACCUUCUGAAUCCAUGAUUGGAGAUAUAGUCCAUGUAAAUGAAGAUCUGUGCUUUGAGGUGGUGAUGAAAAAUAUUUAUUUUCUCAAAGAACAAAUAGAACACUUCUGCUCACUGGGAGUUGGGCAAAUGUCUGGAAAAGACUUUCAGGUUCCUACCACAGAAUCCAAGACAAGAGAACAUUUCUUAACUUAUUCAUCCCAUCUGCAACUAGACCUCAACACUGUGCACAGAAACCUUUGUCUGGGUAGACAAACAACGGAGGUCUUCUACUGCGGCACAGUCCAGUUGUACCCUGACAACCCAGAGAGAUUUGACUGCUGGCAGCAGGUGCUCUGUAGAAAGGGCUUAACUGGGCGAUGCUACUGGGAGGCAGAGUGGAGUGAAAGUGGCUUGUGGGGAGGUUACACUGCAGUAUCUUACAAAGGCAUACACAGGAAAGGAGGUGGCAAUGAAAGCAGGUUUGGCCAUAACAACCAGUCCUGGAGUUUGCACCACUCUCCUAACAAGUGUUCUUUCCUCCAUGAUAAAACUGAGACUGAACUCCCUCCAGUCAUCAGCUGCUCCAGAAUAGGAGUGUUUGUGGAUCACAAAGCAGGAAUUCUAUCAUUCUAUUGUGUGUCUGAUACAAUGAUUCUCCUACAUAAAGUCCAGACCAAAUUCACCCAACCCCUCUAUCCUGGCUUUUGGGUACCAGUUGGAUCACAGGUAAAGCUGUCCUUCUGAACGCCAUGAACAUUUAUUGUCACUUUUAUUCAGACUGACAGUGACAGAUUGUUAAGAACAGAGAUAGAUGUGUCUUGGAAGAUGUUUCAUUUCUAGUUAGCCUUUCCAGAUCUUGGUGAUCCAGAUGUGGUAAUUGUGUUGGGCAUAAAAAAGUGUCAGAAACGUACUUGUAGAAAAAUGGGCAAUUGUUAUUUAAUGUUUAUUGUCCUUUUACAAUGUAUACUAUUGAUAUUUCUCACUGUGUGCAUACAUGCUAUCACAACUGUACUGGAAACUGAGCUAGCAGAGCAAGGUUCCAGGAUAAUCAGGUGUUUAGUAGAAGAAUACCCAUAGGCAAAUGAUAUACCCUAAUAUACUGAUAAUAUAUAUCACUGUUAAUAUGUA